ACAAGAGUGUAGUGUACUAAGUGUGGUGAGUUUCCAUGGCUAGGGCACAUCUUAUAUCUUCUCCUAUCGUCUGUUCAGUGACAAAUGGUGAUUUUUGGGUCAGGAAACUCUCCUUCAAGAGCAUCUCCUGUGCAAGUUCUGGUGGAUCAAAAGCUUCUAAGCACAAUAUAAAAGCUCAAAUACAGUAUAAUCCUUUGAGGUUUCAACAAUCACCGUUUAAUAACCAUUACAAAAACACUGAAAGAGGACCAACAUAUGAAGAAGAGUCAGAAUCUGAAGCUUCCAACUCCAAUAACAUUGUCGACUCUGUCAAAAAUUUCAUGGCUGUUAUGUACCAAUUUAUUUAUCCUUACGCAAUGUAUGGUCGGACGUCAACGACAAUUUCUGCGUCUCUCGUUGCAGUAGAAAGACUAUCAGAUAUAUCUCCGCUUUGA